UGACGACCAAUUAGGCCUAGAGAUGAACUUUAUAGAACUAAGGACGCCUUGUUGAUUCCUUUGUGGUCGUCUAAGUUUGAGUGUCGUCAGGCUUCACUCAAACUUACAAAAUGGUUUUACUGCAACUUGUUACGUUGUCCCUACUAAUUUCCUUGGCUGCAUGCAGAUACGAACCAAACUGGAAUUCAUUAGACUCGAGGCCACUACCAGAAUGGUAUGAUGAAGGAAAAGUAGGCAUCUUCAUUCAUUGGGGAGUAUUCUCUGUGCCAGCUUUUGGAAGUGAAUGGUUUUGGUGGAGUUGGCAGGGGGAGAAAAUCCCUGCAUACACCAUGUACAUGCAACAGAACUUUCGACCUGAUUUCACAUAUGCAGAUUUUGCCCCUAUGUUUCAAGCAGAGUUUUACAACCCAUCACAGUGGGCAGAUAUUUUCCAGGCCUCCGGAGCUAACUACAUAGUGUUGGUUUCAAAGCAUCAUGAAGGCUUUACCAAUUGGCCGUCUAAGUAUUCUUGGAACUGGAAUGCAGGUGAUGUUGGACCCCAGCGAGAUCUUGUUGGAGAUCUGGCUGAUGCUAUUCGUAACAAAACAAACCUGAAAUUUGGUCUGUACCAUUCCAUGUUUGAAUGGUUUCAUCCUCUGUAUCUUCAAGAUGAAGCCAAUGGUUACAGAACCCAAGAAUUUGUAAAAACAAAAACAAUGCCAGAACUGUAUGAGCUGGUGAACUGGUAUAAACCAGAUCUUGUGUGGUCGGAUGGAGAAUGGAUGGCAGCUGAUGAUUACUGGAACUCUACACAAUUCAUUGCCUGGCUAUAUAACGACAGCCCUGUGAAAGAUACUGUUGUUGUGAAUGACAGAUGGGGUAACAACACAAGAUGUGCCCAUGGAGGUUUUUGGGAUUGUUCAGACCAUUAUACUCCAGGAAAACUGAUACCUCACAAAUGGGAGAACUGCAUGACUAUUGAUAAAUAUUCCUGGGGGUACAGGAAGAAUACCAGGCUUUCUGAUGUUUACACAAUUGAAGAGUUAUUGGAACAGUUGAUCACUACAGUUAGUCUUGGUGGAAAUAUUCUCAUCAAUGUUGGCCCAACAUCUUAUGGAGAAAUAUCACCAAUUUACGAGGAAAGAUUGCGUCAGAUUGGCUCAUGGCUUAAAGUGAAUGGAGAGGCUAUUUAUAAAACUAACAUCUGGACCUAUCAAAAUGAUUCCAUUGCCAAAAAUGUCUGGUAUACUUCACGCGUGGAAGGUUCAGAGAGAAUAGUAUAUGCCAUCCUCUUAAACUGGCCAGAAAAUUCCACCCUAACUUUAGGGUAUCCAAUAGCUUCAGCCAACACAAUAGUUUCACUAGUCGGGUUCCAGGGUAAGCUGAGCUUCAAGCCAAACAGUGGAGGUGGUAUAACAAUCAGCAUACCCAACAUUCCUGCCAACAUGAUGCCAUGUGACUGGGCGUGGGCUAUCAGAAUGGAUGGACUAGCUAAUCAGAAAGUUAAACUUAAUUGGGAUUCCUUUAGUAAAAAUGCCCAAUCAAUUCGCAUGAAAAAGUUUUGAAAUUUUAUUUUUUGUUUACAUUUUUCUUGCAUAGAAGUGGGUAUAGUUAAGAAAAGUUUUGACCAUAUAAAUAAUGUCCUUACCUUUUAAUUGUACACACCAAUACUUCAUGAAAAGCUGGUUUGAGUAAUGUAAUGUAAUUUAAGCUGGUAAAUCUUUUCUGAACAUUUUAACCAUAUUUUAAUAUUUCUAUGUUGUAUUUUAACAUACUAAUAAAUCCUUUAGACAUAAUUUGUUUUUCAACUGACUGUUUAUUUUAGUUGGAAAAUUGUGUUUAUAUUGACUGCAAACAUUCCACUUAAUUUUAAUUUUACUAUCUCCCUUUUCACCCCACCCUUACCUUUUGAUUGACUUUUUAAAUAUAUUUAGUAUAUUUUUAGAACAUUUUAAAAUUGAAUAAAAACUACAACAAAA